AGCAAACCAUCGCUUGUCGCUCUCCACUUACCCGGUGAUUGCUGUGCGCUCUCGCUAUUGUAUCCUCACACCAACGAGAACAGAUGGUCAUUGAACUGUGUCGUUGUGCUUUUGGUGUCACUGUGCUGUUUUCGUGGCUGCACGAUCGCGUUUGCGGGGCAGGCGGCAGCCUCGCUGGCGGCUUGUUUUGGGCUCUGCGUCGGCUUGGCUAAUUGAGCAACGAGGCUGUGAUUUUUUGGCUGUAAAUAGCUCAGUGGGAGGGAGACCCAUUCAUUCAGUGGCCGUGUGAUAAGUGUGUGUGAUGUAGCUAUUAGCUCUUUAGCCCGCUUGCACUCAUCCCCCCCCCUUCCAAGGUAGCCGUGGAUUUGGUGUGGAGACAAAACCAGCCUGGUGUUUCCAGUCAGAUGCGGAGGCCCAGGUUAGAGCGCACAUAAUGCGGCGGUGUUGAUGUGAAAUGUGUUUUUGGCCCCUCUGAGGAGCACAAACUGAGCUGGAACUACAAAGCUGAUGCAGAUGCGUGCACGGGGACGCAGGGGAUCAUGCAGGAGGUCUCGUUAUUCGCUUGUGAUCUGGGAUGUACUUCAGUGCAAGGAACUCCCUGUACUUUUUUUUUUUUUGACUGACUGUAGUAUUCUUAAGUGUUCUGCGGGGUUUGUUUGGAUUAUUGCAACGAUUCAUUGGUGUACUUACUUCCUUUAAAGGCCCCCCUUUUUUCUUUAAAUCCCAAACUUCCACAUUGGCAUUACCGGAGCUGUCUAUUUCCUCAAUUCCUCUAUUUCCCGCAUUUGAUUGGAUGCUUUGGUACUAGAAAGCUGGCAUGAUGAGUAGAAAUAUAACUGCAAGAUACUGUGUCGCAUUCUUAGGCUAUAAUUUGACUAAUUAGGGUAUUUACUCCAUUAUAUAUCUAGAAACACUGACAUCCAGCCAUUACACCGUCAUCUCUAAACAGUCAUGUGUUUUUUUUUUUUGUUUUUUUGUUUUUUAAUAACCUUAAGAAUAAAUAGUCUUAUUACAGUUUUUGGUCCUCAAAGAUUAUAAAAUAGCUACAUGAAGUUCUGAAUUUAUUGCUUUUUGUAAUUAAAUUUGUCAGCAUGUAGUUGAAAGGUGAUGGGAAACGUGCGGAGGAGGAGAUGACAUGCAACAGGUUCAGAGUUUUAAAAGUCUGGGAUGUUCACAAUGACCAAACUCAUGCUUUCCAUAUGGUUGAAGACAAGGUUCCUGCAAUGAUUUCCAACUCUUCUACUCCUCCGUCCCUCAUGGUUUCAGGGGGAAGAACAUUAAUCCUCUUUGGAAGAUGUCAAUCCAGCAGACUAACUGGCUUGUGAUGCCAAUGCCCAGCAGAAGAUCCUGGGACUGAGACGUGGAUCCCUUUACACUGAUGGCCUGGACUGAGUUUCAGCUGGCCUGCUGAAGCUAUGGGGAGCUGUUGGAGCUGUCUAUACAGAGACCCCAUCCGAGACAACCAUCUCACCAAAUUUAAGGUCACAAAUGUAGACGAUGAGGGCAACGAGCUGGGCUCUGGGAUCAUGGAGCUCACCCAAACUGAGCUCAUUCUUCACACACGUAAGAGGGACGCCAUCCGGUGGCCAUAUCUCUGCCUGCGUCGCUACGGCUAUGACUCCAACCUGUUUUCUUUUGAGAGCGGCCGCCGCUGUCAGACCGGGCAGGGAAUCUUUGCAUUCAAGUGUUCUCGGGCAGAAGAGAUCUUUAAUCUGCUCCAGGAGCUGAUGCAGUGCAACAGCAUCAACGUGGUGGAAGAGUCGAUGAUGAUGAGUCGGAGCGGUCACACACCAGAGAUGGACAUGUCUCGCACACCACAGACACCCAACACUCCAGCAUUUCCUAUCCAGGCUUUUCCCAAUGGAUACCCUGGUUAUCCAAUCAGAGGAGAUUCCUCUCAACCAUCGAUUGCUGAUGAUCAUGGACAUAGCCUCAUGGGUUUGGAAGACCAGACCCACACCUAUGUAAAUACUGUGAGCAUGGAGGGGGAUCUUUCCAUGCGUCAUUGUGUGCACUCUCUACCUGAGGUACGACCUAGCACUUUUCCUGAAACAACACGGGGAGCCAUGCCUGUAGGGGGCCAAGGAAAUCCGCAGUCCAACCUGCGGUGCUGUCCCCUCGAGGAGCAUAAAGAUCCUCAGGUGUUCCUACAGACGUCCUCGCAGGAGGUCAAAUUCAUGCUGGGUCCCACUCCAGCGCAACGGCAUCUGCUGGAGAGAGAGAGGGAGAGGCACGGGCACAAUCCUCACAACCUUCAGCCAGUAGAGGGCGCAGCAAGCUCAGAGACGGAAGGAGACGAGCCCUCUAUGCACCUGUGCAACUCUCACUCCUACCACCAUUUCCAUCAUCACAUGCACCGGCACCUGGGCCAUGAGCAUCAGGAGGGCUGCCAGAGUGGCGAGCUCACGUACGAGAAUAUCAACGGCCUGCGAAGCGGCCGUAAGCAGCGUCUGAGUCCCAGCAGCGUGUCGCAAUCCGUAGGUUCAAGCAGCAGUAGCAGCACCGGGGACAGUCAUUCUCACUCCCUCUUACACGGUCACGGGCCGACAUCGCUACCCCCGCAGGGGUACUCCUGUGAGAGGGGCAUGGGUGGAGCUCAUCGUCGGACAGCUCUGCUUAACUACGAGAACUUACCCUCUCUGCCGCCGGUGUGGGAGUACAGCGCUCUCCAGCGGGAUGAUGAGCAGGAAGAGGAAGACGAUGACCAGGAUGAUGAGGAAUAUGAAGAAGAAGAGGAAGAUUUUGAUGAGUACGAAUUCUCAGAAGGCCCCGGGACACCCAAUGGUUACCAUCAAGACGGCCGGGGCAUACACAGAGACGCCCUGCAGAACUAUGUCAACACAGAGCAGGUUCAGCCUCCCCGGCUUCGACACGCCUGCCCCCCGCAUCCACGGCCGUGUCACCCAGACAGAGGGGGGCGAAUAUUUAGCUUUGAUUUCCGCAGACGAUCGAGGUCAGGGGUUGGAGGUUGUGAGCACAGCCACAUGCCUCCUUCGCGGCAGCUGAAUUACAUCCAGGUGGACCUGGAAGGAGAGCCUCCCUGCCAAGCCCUCAGCAGCGGGGGUGCCCAGACCCAGCCACAGCACCAGCGCCUACCACCCAAAAAAUGUGGUCCGCAGGCACCCCGGCGCAGCGAAUGCUACGCAGUCAUUGACCUAAAGAAGACCGCUGCCAUGUCCAACCUGCAGAAAGCUCUGCCCAGGGAUGAUGGGACUUCCAGAAAGACUCGCCACAACAGCACAGACCUGCCUCUGUAAAUGGUGUUCGAACUGAAAAGGAGCAAUGAAGACAGAUGAAGGCUUAUCCUCAUCUUAGCACACUGGACCCUUCACUGUCAUCCAUCCAUUCAACUGUCGGGCUGAUCAGUACAGUACAGGUACCUAAUUAGAAACUUACUGAAACCUAACUGUGCAUAUACAAGCAAAAGAGAAAUCUCUGAGGAGAAUUUGCCAUUUUAUUUUGUGUUGUCAGAUAUUUGGUGUAAAGCUCUCUGGAGAAAUCUGCAUUUUUUUUUUUUUUUUUUUUUUUUUUUUUUGUUGCAGAUGAUUGCUGGAUAUUUGAAUAUUAUUAUAUCUAACCAUAAAGUCACAUAUGUGUAUGUAAAAUAUAUGUAUAUAUGACUUUUGGCUUAGUUUGGCCGAGAGUUUAGCAGAGAGUUAUACGUAGAAGCAGUCGUUGCCAUAAUGUUUUAGUGCAAAUUUUUAAAAACCAUCUACACUCAUAAGUGUUGUUGCUCCUAUCAUAUACUUUGGCAAACACUUUGAGUGUCAGAGUUAUGAACCUCAUCUCCGAAAUUAUGUUGUUAGCAUGAAGGAUGGUAAUGGUUCCUCCCAGAUACUGGUCAAUGUUCAUACCUCAUCAAAAGCACUUAAAUCUAAUGUUGUGGCUAGUAGAAGAGACCAUUAUUUGUUACUGUAUGCCUAUAGAGCAUUUUGCACACAAUCCUAUGGAAUUGUAUUUCAUCCUUUUUUUUUUCUUUUUUUUUUUCUUUCCUUUUUUAAGGACUUAUUUAGUUCAGUCCUAGCUUAAAAAAAUGAUGGCUUAAACAAAUUGAAGAGAAUGUGAUAUUUGAAGAAAUAUACUAAACUAAAUGAUGGUGAAAGUAGCACACAUGCAUUAAAUGAGCUUUAGCUCCCUCCUGUCAACAUGCAGCAAUUGAAAAAGUAGCAUAUCAACUUUGAUCACACCUCCUGCUUAUCAUCUCAAACCUGCAGGAGGUUCACGCUUGUCACGUUGCACUUUUGACCCUGGGCCGCUGAAACGCUCUUUGUCACCACUCCCGCGCCACUGGAGCCACAGGUUGUGUCCUUUUACCAAAAACAGGGGUUCAAAUAUUUCCCGGAGAUAAUAAUGUAGAUAGUUUAUUUAAGUGUUCUUGACAGAGACGCUGAUAACCUCAAAUCGUGGCAUUAAGCUAUAACCUCACACAAAAUGUUGUCAGUUAUCAGGUACGGAUGUUCUGUUUGAAAAGGGUUGUCGCAAAAUCAUCCACUGAAGAUUUUUGUGAGAGAAAUUGUCAACCAAUUAACAGAUAUUUACUUAUUUAUUUAUUUAUUUAUUUAUUUAUUUAUUUAUUUCACUUUAAUUUAUUCUCUCUCUCUUUUUUUGUUUUGUUUUGUUUUCCACGUGACGACCAGCGUUUUGUAGUCCAGUUGGUAAUAUGGAGACCAAAGUUUCACCUCAGAUUACCACUGGACACUGAUGUAUUACUGUUAUAACUGUGCUUAAUUAUAUUUUAAACAAAAGAAAGACUGUAUUUAUAUUUUAAGUGCCAAAACUUAAUUCCAAACUGUACGAUGAAUAAAAUCAAAUGUGCCAUUUGGGUUGGUAGAAAUCUAUAGGACAGAAAGACAUAAGAGGAGAACAGUCAGAAGACAAAAAGGAAAAAAGAAAAUCCUGCUUUUUAAGGAUAACACAAGCUAAAAUAAUAAAAUCUGCACAUUCCACCUCAUCCACAUCGACAGCCAUUUUGAAGGGGCAUAUAAGAAUGGUAAUCUUGUGGUCUGAUGAUCGCUGUUAGGGUGGUUUUUAUGCUGCUACUUGUACAUACUGACAGUAGCCCAUGUAAGCUACAUGAAAAAAAAAUGUGAUGUCAGAUCCUUAUCAUAUCAUUGAUAGAAGUAGCAUUGUUGUGUUCUCCUGAUUUUUUUUUUCUUUUUUUUUUUUCUCAGAGCUGUUGAAAUGUCACGUACCAUUUAAUUGAAUGUUUUAUUUGACCAAUAUUUCAUGUAAUCGAGAUUGUUUUCUGAUUAACUAAUUGUCUUGUAUGGGGAGAGUUAAUGGAAGCACAUGGAUCUCUCUUUCUUUGUUCUUCUUUUUUUUUUUUUUUUUUUAUGAGCGUUCACAUCAGGGUGAUGUUUUCAGCCUAUAAAGGAAGGCCAGAUGUUCUAUGUUUACACAUGUGCAGGCCUUCAGAUGCAGAUGUAUUGUGGCAUUAAGCUGAAGUUGGUCUUUUUUUUUUUUUUUUUUUUUUUUCCACGCAUUUUUCUAAGCAUUCCCAUUAAAUGAGACAAAUGUAUUUUUUUAACAUCUGUGCAUGAAUUGAAGUAUUCAAGCUGAGUGGAAAUAACCUUUUAAAAUGUGUUAAGAAUAAACAGAGCCCAACCAAUUUAUUGUUGUGCAGAUGUUAUCGGACAAUAUUAGCUGUUUGCUGAUAUAUUAGUGUUAGGGUUUAUAAUUUUCAAUAAAUAAAAAUUAAAAAGGUAGAGAAGAGAAAAAAAAAACACCCUUCAACCAUGCUGUUGAUGUUGCAUGGUUUGUCCAGCAGAGGGCACUCAACGGCAACAAAACAACCAGCUGAUCCAAACAGAGUUGGCCAGAGUGUAAAGUCAUAAAUAAAUAACAAGAAAAAAAAAUGCUGGGUAAUUCUUUUUGUUUAAUGUGCCUGAAAGAGAGAAAACAAAACAAAUGUUUAUAUCGCAGUAUUGGAUAAUAGUAUCUUAAAAAUUUGUAAGGACUCUUAUGUGCUUACGUGAAGCUGAAACCUAAAACCUAAAUUCUUCUGUUCCCUGAAACUAUAUAUUAUCAUAUUUCAAUUCCCACUUCAGAUAUUUUCCUCAAAUAGAAAAGCAAAACAGAAAUAAGAACUUGUGUGAACCAUUAUAGAUGUAAAAUUUUGAAUUAUUGCUCAAAUAUUGUUGUGCUACUGUUACUUUCAAGAUAAAGUAGUAAAUGUUCAGAUUUUCUAAAAUUUGAUAAUAUGUAACCAGCAAGUUUUUUUUUAUUUAUAUAAAAAUAUUUUUGCCCUAAUUACUUAUUUAAAAUCUUCAGAUAAUUAGUUAAAAGAUGGCUACCAAUAUAAAAAAAAUCUGCUACUAAUGUUUUAUUUUAAGUGAUCAAAGGGAUUUUACAACAACAAAUGUUAUCUAUUAUUUUUUUUUAACAAUCCAUUUAAAACUACAAACAUUAAACCUGAAACUGUGAAACUCUCAAAUGAUUGACAAAGCAGUUAAUCAGCUUUCAUUGUAGUAAAAUAAGUGUAACUUAGCUUGCUAACUUUACAUAAAAGUUGCUUGUUGUUUUUGAUUUUGUUCUUUGACAAAAACACGUUAACUCUCCUAUUUAUAAAAAAAAAAAAAGAAAAGACCAACUUGUAGCUGCCAUUUUUGCUAGAUUUGUGAGGACAUUGUUGUGAUACAUCAGAGGGAUGUUUACAUUUUUUGCAAUAAUAUGUAAUUCGUUGUUUUGCCAAUCCAAAUUGGACCAAUAUUUGAAGAUUAUUGAAAUGUAUAGUCUAAAGAAGUGUGGUCUUAAUGUAUUUAAUCAUGUUUGUCUAUUAAUCUUAUUAUUUGAGAUACAAUGUUCAUUUUUCAGCCUCAGUAGAGUGAAUUUAACUUUAAAAAGAAAAAUGUUUUCUUGACUGUCAGUUAGCUCAACAUAAACAGUGCCAUAUAUUAUGUUACCAUUGCCAAUACUUCAGAGUUUAUUGCAUUACAUUUUUCAAAGCUGUGGUGAUGUAUCAUAAACGACUCCGUAAGUCAAUCAUCCAUUUUCUCAGAAUAAUGUUACGUGUGGAUUUAUAGGUGUUAUAAAAUUCUGCACCAUUACCGUGAUUGCCACUGUUUAUUGAUUAAUAAUCAAUGACAUUUAAGUAAUUGUUUUUCAAAUCAUUCAGCUUCAAAAUACUUAUCUCAUCGCUGCUGAGGUCAAACGAACUCGGGGGCCAUAAGAUAACGGCACCCACCUCAUUACUCACUGUGAUUGGCCUGGUGCCGAUGCUAUCUCAAGCAUUUACUUUUCAUAAACUUUAGUAUUUAUGCCUAAGGCAUGAUUCACACAGGUGUCUAUGAGGUUGUCAGUGUGGUGUGGUUGUUUCUGCUUGUGCAAUCUGCAGGACAAGUGGCAACGAGUCCUCCCAUUAGGUUCCCCAAAACAGCAUUUAUUUGAAGGGGUUGUUUUAAAAUAAAAGUCAAAAUAAAAAUAAUAUAUAUUCUUUGUGUUUACUGUGAAAGCGUAAUUGCAUACCUUAUCCAUUAAAAAAUAAAAAUAAAAUCUUGUUGUGCCUUGCAUUUUCAAGCUGAAGAAAUAUCUUUACUGCCAUUGAUUGUAGCAUCCUGAUGGAGAAAAGAAAGUCAGCACCUCUUGAAGGUUUGGAGACUGAAAGCAAAAUAGCCUUUUAGUCUUUUGUGUUGUACUUUGUAGUCAAUCCUGAUGGUCAAUCACUGUAUUUUUUUUUUCCCUCUUUAUUUUUCUUAAAUGAAGUUUGUUAAAAGAGAAGUUUGGCAUUUUCGGAAAAAUGAAUAUUUGCUUUCUUACUAAGAGUUAGAUUGAUGCCACAGACACUUAUGUGAUGUGAAAGAUGUAGACAUAGGUUUGUGAAGCCCUGGCUUGAAGCCUCAAUUUUAGCAUGUCAUCUGCUGCCAUGAUGGGUUUUUUUAUUUGGCACAUUUUGAACAGAGGGUGACAUGCUAAUUUAUCAGCUAACGCUAGCAAUCUUGGGUAACUUGGAGAGCACAUUGGUGUUAAGUAACAUAACACUAAAAUACUAAAAGAAAAUUCUUUAAAAAUAGAAUUUCAUUUUGUUUUUGUUUGUUUUUUAAAUACUAUUUUACUGUUUAAUUAUUUGAAAAAGCAUAGGGGAAGGCUAGUAGACAGCUAAUGCUAGCAGCCACUUGUGUUGGUAGGCUAACUACCUUUUAAAAUGCUGUUAUAAAAAUAUUCAUAACUCACCACUUUAGAGUUGUUAUGAAGUGAUAAAUUGAU